CACAAUUUUGAGGGCAUCAGUGUUAAUCAUAACCCCGGAGCUCCACGCGAGGUCGUUCCCAAAUUGGCAAGUGGUAACCUCCUCCGCGGAACCUGAAUCACAGAGAGUGAAGACCACCACUCUCUCUGGCCAUGGAGAGCCUUAUCUGUUCCAACCCUAUCUCAACCAAGCUCCCCCGCAAGCCUUUCCUUCGUCCCCUCCAUCGCCCCCAUCAGCUCAGCUUCGCCCCCGCAGCCGCCAACCCUAAACGGGUGUCUUCUCCUCCCUUGACUUGUGUUGACCCGCGCCGAUUCGACUGGAUCCGCUGCCGUUACGCAUCCUCCUCAUCGGCAGUGACGCCGGAGUUCCGUAACACUCGCCCGGGUUCUGUUUCUGAGCGGGUCGAUUUUCGUGACGGGUCGGAGUCCCAACAGGCUGCCGAACUUAUACCCGACAAACAGAAGGCAGUGCGUGCAAUAGUGCUUCUCUCGGCCAUAUGUGUACUCUUCAUUCAUCCUCUCAUUGCAUCUCCGGCUCUUGCGUUCUUCCAAAAUGCCGCAAAGUCUGGGGGAUCUGUUGCGGCCUCAGGGUGGAGUCAAGCUAUUAGCAAUGAAUUACUGAGCAGUGGGUGGACCGGUUUCUUUGCCGGGUGCCUACACACACUAUCUGGUCCGGACCACCUUGCUGCUUUGGCCCCACUGUCAAUAGGCCGGGGUAGGAUGGAGAGUGCUGCCGUUGGAGCUCUCUGGGGUUGUGGGCAUGAUGCAGGCCAGCUGAUAUUUGGUUUGCUGUUUCUACUCUUAAAAGAUAGACUCCACAUUGAGAUUAUCCGAACGUGGGGGACGAGAGUGGUUGGUUUUACCCUUCUCCUAAUUGGUGCAAUGGGAAUUAGGGAAGCGUCCGAAGUCCACACCCCAUGUGUCGCCACCCUGGAAAACGGGUAUGAGGGGAAGAGUAAGAUAGGGUUUGCCACGUUUGCCACCGGGAUCAUCCACGGCCUUCAACCGGAUGCACUUAUGAUGGUAUUGCCUGCACUUGCUUUGCCAUCUCGUGUGGCUGGUGCGGCGUUCUUGCUUAUGUUCUUGGUUGGCACUGUGUUUGCAAUGGGGAGCUAUACGGUCUUCAUUGGUUCGUGUAGUCAAGCGCUGAAGGAGAGGGUUCCUCGGAUAACCGAGAAGCUCACAUGGGCUUCUUCCCUUAUAGCCAUUGCUCUAGGGUUUGCUAUCCUUAUCACCCAAUUUUUUGGCUUCAGCUUGUAUUGAUUGAUUGCUUGAUAUCCUUCCAACAUUAUUUUUGGCCAUUAGUAAUGAACUUUUUCUCUUAUC